GAAACCUACUUCUCUAUUGUCGAAAGGAGCUUUUACUUCACGACCGCAAACAUAAACGUAUAUGAUAAAACUGAACAGUCUUUGAAGAUAUUGAGAUUUAAUUUUAAGAAGAAUUUCAACAGGAAGUAUGUGCGAUAGUGCACCAGAAAUACCUACGAACAAGUCUGAAAUGUCAGACCACCAGUUGGAGAUUGACAAUAUUGCAGUGGACCAACACCACAAGGACAAAGAUUUUUUUUCUCAGUCGGCACAGAAAGAUCAAAAUCUUGAGUCAGACAUAGAUGUUAUUAAUGAAGAAAUUAAAAGAAAGAAUGAAAGAAUCAUCGAAUUGGAAUUAAUGCUAGAAGAAAAGCAAGAUUGGUUAAAUUUGAAAUCACAAAUGGUUAAGAAGCUUGAGGGAGAGUUAAGUCAUGUCCAAGCACGUCAUCCCGAGGGAUUCACCUUUGAUGAUACCGGAACUAGUAUUGUCCCAAAAUCAUUGGAACAAACAUUAAAAGAUCUGGAGAGAGAAGAGAGAGAAGAAACAUUCCGAACAAAGUACAUGCCCGUUUAUCAUAGAGAAAUCGAAGUAUUUCGAAAACGAGGAAAAUACCCAACAAAUGUCCCGUAUUUUAAUGAAGUUUCCAUCGCAACAGAAUUCUUAAAACGCAAAUAUUUAGAGGCGUUUGGCGAGUGUUUUUCUUUUGAUUACAAAAAGAAGUAUUUUCCAAUUAAACCAAACCCGUCCCCUCGUACACACAUCAGACCAUCCGAGGCAUCUUUCAUUCAACAAGAGGAUAACAGAGAAUUCUUGGUUUCUGAUCAUCUUGGUGGUGAGGUAGAGCUACUCCCAGUUGUCACAGAGGCAUGUGAUCUAGAACAGUUUUCCGAAAGUCCAACAAAACCAGGAAUAAUAAACAAUGAAUCAGCUGAGAUAUGCUGUCAAGGUGGAGACAGUUCUCCUGAUAUGUGGAGGACAAGACCAAUACUUCCACGACCAAAAACACCACGACCGUCUUAUAAUAAGAAACCAGUAGAACGUGCUAAUGUGAAAGAGUUGACCAACGGAAAUAAUCUAUUUAAUAUCUACAAUAACAAUAAAACAAACAAAACACUUCCAACUGAAAUAUUUAAAGAAUGUGCUCUCAAAAGAUCUGUCAGUAUGGACUCUGUUUUCGUAGGAGAUGGUACAAAAAUGCGUCCAUAUUUUAUAUGGCGGAUGGGUGACGAAUGUGUAUCCUUAGAAAAGUAUAUAAAUGUGUAUACCAGAAAUCCAGAAGAAUUGUACGAAGCUGUCAAAAAUCGGGGUAUUGAAAAAGAGGAAGAAGACUCUGAGGAAAAUGUACUAGUAUUGUAUGCUUUAAUCAAAGCUAAUAUAACCUGUAUCGAUAAAACUAAAAUUAAGUCAAAUUUGAGAAUUUUGGAUUAUUUCAUAAGAGAAGAAGAAGAAAAAGAUAAAUCAGCACUGACACAAGUCCACACUGAGAAUGUUGGUAAGACCGUCAUAGAUUUUACCCUUAACGAUAAAAGAAGAGACGAGAAGGAAACGAUAGUUCUGCCACCAGUCCAAACCGGGAGCUUUUAUGAGGAUACAGACGGUGCUGAUAAAUUCGAUUAUGAGAAUAAACCUAGUACUAGUUUUGACAUUAUGUUUGAAAAACCAAAGAAACGAAUGUCUAAACCCAAACUAUCCUCCGAAAAAAGAGAAAUCGUCAAUUUGAUACAUGACGUCACAGACCAGAAUAUAAAGAGCAAUGAACACAGAGAAGAUAUUAAACAUGAAGAAAAGGAAAAUAUAAGUUUUGACAUUAUGUUUGAAAGUCCUAAGGAACAAAUGACUAAACCAAAACUCACUUCUGGUGGAAGAAAGGCAAAGUUUCACUUGAAACAUUCUAUUAAUGAAAAGAAAGAUGAAAGUCAUGAUAACGAACAAAAAGAAGAUGCAACAACUGCAGACAAUCAAAUUGCUGUUGAAAAUGCUAAUGGUGCAUACAAAGAAGAUCAUGCAUUGAAGAAACACGUAAGUUUCGAUGUCUUUUUCGAGAGUCCUAAUAAACAGAAACCUAAACCAAAGAUGAGCUUUAUGAAAAGAAGGCCAAAAAACGAAACAAAAAAUAACAUUGAUGAUAACGAACUCCAAAAAGUGGAGAAGCAUGAGAAAUCGCCUAAAGUACCUAGUAAAACAACUGAUGUAAAACAUUCAAAUGGAGGAUACCUCGGAGGAAAGUUUACAAAUGGAAAACUCGGAGGAAAGUUAACAAAUGACGUUUUGAUCAAAAGGAAAGAUCAAAAUGAAAAUAGGUUCAGGUUCUCAUUUCUUCAUCAAACCAGUUCUAUCCCAAGCAGAAUCCCUGUAAGGGUUAAGAGAUCUAAUGGACAAAGCACGUCUUUAACCAGAUCAAAUUAUGAAAGGCCACAAUCAAAUUCAGUCAGACGUAUUCCUUUCAGUGUAUUCAAGGUUACUAACAAAAAACACAAAGCAAAAACAACUGGUUCUGUAGCUGCAAGAUCGAUCCCGGAGAGAAAAAUAUCAGUAAGACGAGGAACUGAUCUCAAAAUCAAUAGGACAAGAAAUGCUAAAAGUCCAAACGAUGACAGUGGAGUGCAUAGAAAGAGAGAGAGAGGUACAAAACUGCCUAGAAUCACUCGGGCAAGAAAAUCUAGAAUACCGGUCCGAAUUAAGGGCUAUGUUUGGAAUACUAACGAGAGUGAAGAAAAGCGAAAAAUGGAUGAAAGUAGACGCUUACUUGCACCUUUAAGCAGAAUUCCAAUUCCAAAAGAUAAAAUACGUCGUCCAAGUGACUGUAUAAUACCAAGGCUCGAUCCGAAUGAACAUUUACCCCAAAUAUCCCAGAGUUUAUCAAAGAGAGAAGAGCAAGCUAAAAUUCGUGCAGUAAAUCGGAAUCUUAUUUCUCCUACUCCCAUGACCAUAGGCGAGAAAGGCGAAAGAACUUGUCCAGAGUCUACAUCAGAAUUCCUGCAGCUACCAGCACUACCUACCCAGAAUGCAAUGGUAAAAACAAGUCAUCCUGUAUCAACAUCAGGAUUAAUUGAUCACACGCAGAUACAUGGAAGAAAGGAUUACUUAGAUGAAAACAAAAUAGUAUCGCCUUCUGUUAUGGGAACGUUACCACCAAUAAUCGGCAGAAGUGACACGUAUGUAAACCGACCCCUGUCAGCCUCUGGAUUCGCAAAACUUCCUCCAAUAAAAAGCACAAACAAAACAAUAGAAAUGGAUCGUCCGAAGUCGUCUGCUAGGUUAACACCAUUGUUUACCGCAUUUGAGAAUACAGAACAUAGACCAUUAUCGGCAUGUGGAUCACCUCAACUUCCACCAAUUAUAGAUGGAACUACCAUCGAAAUGAGGCCUACGUCAUCAUUAUCUGGUUAUGCACUACUCCCACCCAUAACUAGUUAUAAGCAAGGCUCAGCUGAAGACCAAGAAGUACCAGUUGAAGAAUCAAGAGUUGAAACUGAUUUAUCACCCAAGAGGGCAGAAUAAUUAUGACUAUUUUUUUUGUUAUUUUAUUUUUAUGUUUUGUUUUAUUUGAUAUAAAGAUUUUUUUAUAUUUAG